GUUUCCGCCUUCCAGUCGGAGGCGUGUCGCGAGGCCGCAGGUGAGCCGGCGUUCCAGACACGGAGGCGGCGGGGGCGUGGAAUUCCCCCUGCGUCGCGCGCGCGCACGUGACCUUCCCGGGCCACAACGUUGUUGUUGUGCUCCGUCAGCUACAAGCUCGCGCAGGCUGCAAGAGGAAGACGCGGAGCCCUCGGCGCAGCCGCAAGACAAGAGCAAGGCUUCUGUAACUAGAUUUUAACAACAUACCAGAAGAAUCCAAGCCAGUAUUUAAUAAUUAUUUAAGAAGUGUGUGUACUUCAGCUGCUUAGAGGAUUCCAUUUAUUGUCACAGGUCACUUUAUAUGACCAAAUGGUGAAGUUAAUUUGCACCUUGACAGAUCAUAGUGAUGAUGUCAACUACUGUGCCUUCUCUUCUUCUUACUUGGCUACAUGUUCCCUGGAUAAAUCUAUCCGUCUGUAUUCUUUAAGCAGUUUUGAUGAACUUCCUUACUCACCACUAAGAGGCCACACAUACGCUGUUCACUGCUGCUGCUUCUCUCCUUUUGGAAACCUUUUAGCUUCAUGUUCUACGGAUGGCAACACAGUUCUGUGGGAAACUCAAAAUGGACUGAAACUGGCAGUGCUGGAGCACCCCUGUAGGCAUCCUGUAAGAAUUUGUCGAUUUUCCCCUAAUUCCACGUACUUGGUUUCAGGAGCUGCUGAUGGAAGUGUAAAUCUUUGGAAUGUUCAGUCUUUUAAAGUAUACCGAUCUGGCAGUGUUAAAGAUGGCUCUUUGGUAGCCUGUGCAUUUGCUCCUGAUGCAAGUUUCUUUGUGACUGGAUCAUCAUGUGGAGAUUUAACUGUUUGGGAUGAGACAAUGAAGUGCUUGUAUAAUGAGAAAGCUCAUGAUCUUGGAGUCACCUGCUGUGACUUUUCUUCAAAGCUGGCUUCUGGUAAUAAGCAAGAUGUUAACUAUUUCCUAAUGGCAUCUUCUGGUCAGGACAGCACAAUUAAAAUAUGGCUUAUUUCACUCGCUGAUCAUACAGGCAUUGAACUGAAAUGUAAAUAUACAUUAAAAGGACACACUGCCCCAGUUCUGGCUUGUGCAUUUUCCUGCGAUGGACAGAUUUUAGUCUCUGGAUCUGUGGACAAAACUGUAAUGAUUUUUGAAACUAACACUGGGAACAUCUUACACAUUUUGACUCAGCAUACCAGAUAUGUUACAACUUGUGCCUUUGCGCCAGAUAUGCCACUAUUUGCUACGGGGUCAAUGGAUAAAUCUGUGAACAUCUGGCAGUUUGAACCAAAGCAACAUCUGAAAGAAAGGUCAGCAAUAGAGGAGCCAAAGACAUUUGCAGAGAGCUGGUCAGAAGAAGAGGUUUCAUCUUGGCUAUGCACACAUGGCUUACAAGACGUAGUUGGGAUUUUCAAAAGGAACAACAUCGAUGGGAAAGAACUUCUUAAUCUUACAAAAGAGAGCUUGGCUGAUGAUUUAAAAAUUGAAUCGCUAGGUCUUCGCAGUAAAGUAUUGCGUAACAUUGAGGAGCUGAGGACUGAAAUGAAAACUGCCAGUUUGGGUAUCCCUGAUGAAUUCCUAUGUCCCAUAACAAGGGAGCUUAUGAGAGAGCCAGUCAUUGCUGCAGAUGGCUAUUCCUAUGAGAAGGAAGCAAUGGAAAAGUGGAUCACCGAAAAAAGGCAUUCCAGUCCCAUGACAAAUCUCCCUCUUCAGAGACUUAUACUUACCCCAAACAGAACUUUGAAAAUGGCUAUCAAUCGCUGGUUGGAAACUCAGCCAAAAUAUAAUGAAAAGCAGUCUCCCUAAACAGUAUGAUUGUUCUUUCAAAUAAGUGGGAAUGAAGCUGAAGGCAAACAAGAAGCAAGAUCAGUUCAAGGGUGCAUUCCAGCCAAACAAACCCUUGAGAGCACGAAGCAGGGUCACUGGGAGUCUCAAGAGCCAGGAAGAGAGUCCCAUAAGACUACAUCUGACCCCUGGGCCUUAGGUUCCCAAUCCCUGGGAAAGUCUGCAAUAUGCAAAAAUCCCCCUAACUGCAACCUGUAAUGCUAGUUACAGCAACGGUUGAGAAUUUCUUCUCUACUCUCACAACUGUUAAAAAAAUAAUGUAGGUUACAAUCCGUCAUGGAUGCUUUAGUUUAGAUUUUUGCACUGCAGGGUGUUGAACUAGAUGGACCUUGGGGUCAUUUCCAACUCUACAAUUCUAUGAUUCUACAAUUCUAAUCUCUUCGUUUCACUGUAACCCCGGCAGCAAAGGCAGUCAUCUGCUGGUCCACAGGAAAUAAGAUUUUUGUUUAAUGGCAACUGACACACAAGGUAGCACCAUUAAUUUAAGGAUUAGGUUGAGCAUGUAGACCCAAACAAGCUGACAGUUUUGUUUUUGUUUUUAAACAGAUUUUUUAUAACUGCUGGGAAUAUAACACGAAGGUUAUAGCUGUGUUAUAAAAACAAAAAACAGCCCUGUGCCUUAUCUCACUAUCACCCACAGCUCCUGGGGUCACUUAAGAUACAAAAAGCCAGUGUGUCUCAAGUAUACCAUAUUCGGAAAUAAGCAGGACUGAAGAAUAGCCUGCAGUGGGCUUAAACAAACAAGAUCCUCAGGAAAGCUAUGUUAAGGAAUGCUGACCAUUCUGAAAAGGCCCAUCUCUGAUAUGUCUAAUGUACCCAACAAUAGCUUGCCCCCACUUCUAACUUUAAAAAGUAAAGGGGGAAAAACACUAAAUGAACAGCAAAACUACUAAUGGAAAAUGGAAAAUAUGAGGCCGGACUACUACCCUAUAGGAAAACUAAUAUGAUCUUUGGCAGAUCUUUGGUCUAUUGUCAAAGAUGUUGAGGAAAGUGCUAACUGGGGAAGAGAAAUUUUGGAAAACAGGGCAAACAAUGGUUGGAAAUGUGUAACAAUGUAAGGUGGCUAAUACAUUUUGCUGUGCACAAGGUGACACUUCUAAUGUGAUUCUGUGCCAUAGGCACUUUGUCUUUUGUGCAUUGACAUCUGUGUGAAGGAUUUCUGUAAAUCCAAAACACACAGUUUAGGAAUAUAGGAAACAGCCUUCUACGGACUCCUAGCUCCAUAUUGUCUGCACUGACUGACAGGGACUCUCUGGUUUUCAGAAAGGAGUCUUCCCCGGGGAUUGAAUAUGGAAUGUUUUUGCAUGCAAAGCAUCUGCUGCACCACUAAACGGCAGUCCCUUUCCAAUCCUAGUCUAUGAUUAAAAAUGUAAAGGGGGAGGGGAAACAGAGCUGCCUUCUGAAAAAUCUGUCCCCAGAUUGCAAGGCACAAAUCUGAAUUUAUCAGAUUUUAAGGACUUGUAGACCAUUUUUGACAACGUGACAAUUCAGCCCAAGCAGCUCUGCUUAACUAUAGGCAUUGUGAUCUCAGUGCAACCCUCAACUAGCAAUCUCUGCACUCAAAAUGCCACUGUUGGGAGGGAAAGCGUUCUGUCCAAACUGCCAGAAGGAAAUGGCAGCUCAAAUGUGUAGCUAGGCAUGAACAAUCCACAGAACAAGGGGACUACUAGCAUUAUAAGCACAAGAGGGGAAAACAGGAAUAUGCCAACAAGAACAACCAGAGAAUGUACAGAGUUAGAGUAAGGCAAGAGCGCAACAAAAGGAGAAAAUGCAAAGGAGUCUACUCUGUAUUAAUGCAUCAGAGACAAAGGGUGGCAUCUAAUGUUGCACAAAGGGUCGUCUUUGCGUGUCACUUCUCCCUCCUCUUCCCAGUGCAGCUCAUUGUAACCUCUUGUAUGCUUUGGCCAGAAGGGUAAACUGUCACAGAAGGGGAGGGAUAAUACAGAAGCCUCUGAAAAGGGCUUUAUUUCUGCCUCCAAAGAAGAGGAGCAUAAAGAUACCCCACUUGGUGAUGUCCUUGUGCCCCCUGAGAAACCCCCUUCUGAUGAGUACCAAAAGUUCUCUCUCUCAUACACACAUACCUGUUUCUCCCCACAGUGUGUCUGUUUCAUUGAUGUCAAUUUUAGGCUCCUUUUCAAUCCGCAUCAGAAAAUGAAUCACCUACAAAGAGGAGGAAAA